UCUUCGGCUUCCCUUCCACUUCCGAAAGGUCCUUUAAAGGGCCAGCAAAGCUUUAAAGAAACGAUUUAAAAAUGGAGACUAAAAUCAAUUGUCCCAUGAGAAUGUGGAGUGAUUAAAACGGAGAACUCUUGCGACUCACAGAAAAGCUGGAUUUCAAAUCCAAGGCAAAGCAAUUGAGUAGCCUGCUGCAAGUCGUUUUUGAGGGGCAAGCACGUAAUGGAGCCGCCGGGGGCUGGAGUCGGAAAAACCGGUGACAUAGAAGAGGCAGAAUCAACUGGAUUACUGAUGUUGUUGUGGUGGUCUCUUCAGAGAAUAUUGAAAUAAUGAAAUCUAUUGUUAGAAAAUAUGGCCAUGAGCGGACAACAGUAGUGGAAGGAGGACUAACCCGUCACAGAUCUAUUUUCAAUGGAUUGAAAGUAUUUGUAAAAGGCAAUACAUUCUGUGCUACACUCCAGAAACCAGAAAUAAUAGUAAUCCAUGAUGCUGUCAGACCAUUUGUAGAGGAGGAUAUUCUUUUUAAAGUCGUUAUGGCUGCCAAAGAGCAUGGGGCAGCAGGAGCAAUCCGUCCUCUUGUUUCCACGGUUAUUGCUUCCACUACAGAGGGAUGUUUAGACCAUUCACUAGAUCGUGCCAAGUACAGAGCAAGUGAAAUGCCUCAGGCUUUCUUAUUUGAUAAAAUCCAUCAAGCAUAUCUUCAGUGUAGUGAUUAUGAUCUGGAUUAUGGAACAGAAUGUUUGCAUCUAGCUUUAAAAUAUAGCAAAAUAAAUGCUAAACUUAUUGAAGGACCACCUGACUUAUGGAAGGUUACUUACAAGUGGGAUCUUUUUGCAGCUGAUUGUUUAAUCAAAGACACUAUAUCACAGGAAGUUUGCAUUAUUACUGACAUAAAGGAAGAUGCAGUACAAGUGGGAUUUCUCCUAAAUGAAAAAAUGAAGAAUCAUGUGAAACAUGUUAAAAAUGUAGCAAUUACCCUUCAUAAAAAUGACAAUCUACAAAAUAUUUUGUUAAGACAAUACUACAACUUUAUUUACAUAAAAAAUAAACUGCCUGCCUUUGAGGAAGUCUCACUGCUGGUAGACAAACUUGAAAACACAGGUGCUUCGGUUUUGUACCCUGUUGUUCUCAUUUUGGUAAACAUGGGUACUUUAGAAAAUACACCUUUUAACAGUGGAAUUGAAAGUUUAACUAUACUUGCAAAGGAAAUUAAAAAGAAAAAUAUUUUACUUUAUGGUCUCUUUAUACAGUAUAAAAAGGAGAGUCUAAAGCUUCAAGAGACUAUGGAUUCAGCAGCUGCACUUAUUACUGUAUUGAUAAGAGAACGAAAUCCUGCAUUUGUUGGCAAAAGAAAAGAGAGGAAGGAAACUUAACUGUCUGCAAAGGAGCUGGGAGUGGCUGCUUAACACCCGCUCAAGGAAAUCAUACUAAGCUUGAAAAAACAAACUUUUCCUAAUGCCUUGAGUCAACAAUGCAAAAGCUACCUUUUCCCUGUUGUUUGAAAUCAUAACAAUCCCUCAUUAAUCCAGUGUGUGUUUUGCAUAGAUUCAUGCAAGCUGCCACCCAGACACUCCAGCAACAUUUCUUUUCUACCUAGAAAGGUUUAAAAACAAAGAAAAUAAUAAUUCCAUUUACUACUCUUAAUAAGUAAAACCGAUUGGCAGUCAGUAAUUAUCAGACAUAUGAAUUUCCUAGAGGAAUUUAUUAGAGGAAAAAAGUUAGAUUAAAAUAGAAUUAAAGACUAAAUUAACUGUAAUUUUCUAAAACUAUUGUGAAUUAUCUCAUUUUGUGAAGAGUUAGUUUCUUCCAUGGUUAACUUGAGCCAGAUUUCUCAGGGAUAUUGAAAAGAGCAAGCUUCAUUAUGCCCCUUCUGAGUUAACAACUAAACUUCCAAAUUAAUGGUUUGAAAUUCUUAGUGGCCUAGAACCAGUCAAUCGAUUAAGUGUUGAGUAAUUUAUAUUAAACACCAAAUUUGCUUUCCAAGCUAGUCCAGAUUCUGCUUAACCAUUCAUUAUAAUAACUUUUCCUU